AUGACCUACUCCAACGCCAACCCCCAAUUCGAAGUCCGAGAAAUCCAAACCAAAGAAGAAUACGCCCGUCUAGUCGACGUCCUCUGGACUGCCAACUUCCAGCCUUAUAACCCCAUCUUUACAGCCGUUCACCCCGUCACAGGCCACACGGCCUCGGACAGAGAAGCCGACAAAGCCCUCGACACCGAAAUCCGAUGGGCCGCGCACAUCAAGAACCCGGCGUCGCAUUUUAUCUACGUGCUCGAUCUUCAUACUGGCCGCGUUGCCGGCGGGUGCGAAUGGCUCAUCUUCCAUGACAAUCCUUUCCCGCAUGGCCCACAGACGAUCCCGUGUACUUGGUAUCCUGAGGGCUCCGAACGAGCGGAGUACACGAGUGCGUUUCUGUCUCAGGUAUUUUUCUAUCGAAUGUCCUGGUUUAAGAGAAAGCAUGCUGGCGUCAACGCCAUGGGCGUGCACCCUGAUUACCGUCGGCGCGGUGUAGGCCGACUGCUCAUGCAAUGGGGUCAUGAACGGAUCGAUGAAUUGGGAUACGAGAGUUUCAUUGAAGGGAGUCCGAUGGGACGGUGGCUGUACGAGGAAUUCGGGUAUCGACGGGUGGUGAGUUUGCAUGUCGAUUUGGAGAAGAGAAAUCCCAGUGAAGAGUGGUCGAGAUUGGUGCACGAGUGUCGUCCGCCGGCGAUAUUGUUGCUUUGGAGGCCUCCUUAG